UAACUGUGAUAGCAAUGACAGAAGGUUCAUAACUUACAAUUUUUACAUUAACUAUUCCCAUAUUAAAGCAUUAAUGGUAAGUAGAAAAUUAUCUUAACAGUAUAUAAGCAAGCUUAGUAUUUAUAGGUAUUUUAAUAGGAUCAUUAAUAAGCGGAUAGAUAGCCGAUACGUUUGGUAGAAAAAAGCCUUUUUUAAUAUCUUCAACAGCUUUAAUAAUUGUAAUUUUCGUUUAAGUAUUAUGCACAUCAAUAAUUUAAUUAAUAAUAUUAAGAGGGAUUUUAGGAAUAUUAGGUAUAAUAAAAAGAUAUAAAUAAUAAAUCUUUUUUAAAUAAAAAAAGUCGGCUUUUUUGCACCUUUAGGAGCUUCAAUGGUAACAGAAAUAACUCCAGAUUAAUAUAGGGCAAAAGUAAUGUGUUUAGUUUAAUUUAGUGUAAGCAUAGGAUAAGUAUUAGGAUUGACAAUAGGAUAUUUUACAUUGAAGGAUUUAAAAGAUGGAAAUUGGAGGUUAUUGAUAAUAAUUUCAGGAUUUCCGGGUUUAAUAGCUGUUGCUGUUGCUUUAUUUUUUGUGGAUGAUUCGGCACGUUUUUUAAUGUGCAGUGGAUAAUUUGAAAAUAGUUUUAAAAUUUUGGAAAAAAUGAAUACGGAUAACGGAAAAUAAAAUUUUGAAGAAAUAAGUGAGGAAAAAAAAGAAGGAUUGAAAUUGUGGUCAAAUAAAUUAAGCGAGAGUUUGAAAAAUACUCAUGUUAAUUUAUAAUCACUUUUUAAAGGAGAUUUCGGACUUAUUACGCCUAUUAUAUGGUGGAAUUGGUUUGCUUUGUCAUUUACAUAUUAUGGAAUUUUAAUUCUAUUGCCAACUCUAUUAGAUAAAAUAUCAUCUUAAACAUAGUAAGAAGAAAAAAUAUAAUUUUAGUCAAGUGAAUUUGAUAUUUUAAAACUUAUUUUAUCAUCUUUGACUGAAAUGUUGGCUUGCUUUCUUGCUGCUAUUAUGGUAGAUAUAAAAGGAUUAGGUAGAAAAAAUUCAGUAAUAAAUUUUUCGAUAAUUCUUUUUAUAUCACUUUUUAUGUGUUAUUAUGAUACUACUAGUAGAUUUAUAUUUUGGUCCUCUCUUUCAAAAUUUUAUAUACUUAUGAUAACUAUAUUUAAUUUUUAAUAUACUUGUGAAGCCUAUUUUACCAAAAUUAGAACUACAGGACUUGGUAUUGCUAAUGGAGUUGGAAAAUUUGGAGGUGUUUUAAUGCCUUGGAUUUGUAAUUAACUUUCUGAAAUUGAUCUUCUGUCACCUUUUUUACUUUUUGCUUUUAUUACUUUGAUUAUGGCUAUACUUACUAUGUAACUUCCUUUUGAUACUUUGGGAAGAGAAAUUGAUAAAAUUGAUGAUGAUAAAGAAAAAGUUGAAUGAAUUUUAAAUUUUUUUAGAAUUUAUUUGCAUU